AUGAACCAGAAGAACAGGAACUGCCUGCUGCGUAUUUAUCUUGGCCGUCGUCGAACAAACAAUCGGGUCGAGGGCGACUUCACUCUGCGGAAUUUUGAGCUUACUUUGGAUAAGAUGGAGAUACUGGGGGUCGACCCCAUGCCAUUCGUCACACCCAUAGCUGAAGCGCUCGCCGUCAUGCACUGGGAAACCCACUAUGACGCUUUCGAUGUCGAGUUUGAUCUAGGCUCGUCGCCAAAGACGAGGACUCGAUGUGUUCAGCCUGGAGAUGAUGCAUCGGUUGAAAUGGCAACCACCUGGAAUCGAGAGCUCGGCGACAACAACCCCAAAUGUCUACAGCGGGCGGUAAACGUUUGGCUUCUUGACUUUAACCAGGUUGGAAAGAUCACACUGAACGAAGAAGGCGUUAAGAAGGCGGUGAGAGGGUUCUGA